AUGGAUAUUCUCAUAUAUUAUUACAAUAGAUGCUUCGCCAUUAUCAUUCGGACAUUCAUGUACUUUGCUAGAAAUGUAUCCGCUAGCCCAGAUGAGAUUCGCCAUAUCAAGUCCAGGGAUGCUGGUCGAACCAUCAAGGUUCACCUGUAUCAGCCUUCUGGCUCAGGCCCAUCACCUGUCCUCCUCAACUUUCACGGAAGUGGCUUCGUGCUACCCCUCCAUGGUGGCGACGACGAGUUUUGUCGACGGAUCAGUCAUGAAACCAAACAUACUGUCUUGGACAUCCCCUAUCGUCUGGCACCAGAACACCCGUUCCCCGCCGCGCUGAACGAUGUGGAAGACGCCGUCAAAUAUGUGUUCACACGCCCAGAUGAAUUCGACUUAACUCGUGUAUCUAUAUCUGGAUUUAGUGCUGGGGGCAACCUCGCGCUGGCAGCUGCAUCAACCCUCUUCCCUCGCGAUACGUUCCGCUCCUUGCUAGCAAUCUAUCCCGUGACCGAUCUAAGUCCUGAUCCUGCUUCGAAGAUCGCCCCGGCCCGUGGUGAAUUUGUAAUUCCUCUUCCUGUCAUGCGCCUCUUCGACAGCUGCUAUAUACCCUCAUCCUUCGACAAGCGAGACCCGCGCAUUUCGCCGUAUUACGCCCAGGCAGAUCGAUUCCCACAACGUGUUCUUAUGAUCACCGCAGAUGGUGAUACCCUCGCGCUUGAAGGAGAGGAACUGGCCCAAAAGAUCAAGAAAUUGCAAGGCUGGCAUGUGGUCAGUGAGCGCAUGCAGGGGUGUAGCCAUGGAUGGGAUAAGAACGCGAGGGUCGGAACUCCACAAUACCAGGCUAAAGAGCGAGCUUAUCAACUGGCGUUCGAUAUGUUGAACAAGUAG